AUGCCCAAGCCACUGCCUCCCCUCAUCACGCUUGAAGAGCACUUCGUCUCGGCCAAGCUGCUACCCGAGCUCUCCGACAUCUACGAGGAGCAGCUCAAGCACCUGCCAGACGUGUCAGCCCGCCUCACAGACCUCGCAACCUUGCGGAUACAGGACAUGGACACCAACCGCAUAUCUCUCCAGGUCGUGUCUCACGCGCCGGGCUUGGGUCCCAGACCCCUACACCUCAGCAGCCUGGCAAACGACGAGCUGGCCCAAGCGGUGCGCGCUAACCCGCAACGUCUUGCUGGCCUCGCAGUGCUGCCCAUGGCCGAGCCCGAGUCGGCAGCAGCUGAGCUCCGGCGCUGUGUCCGAGAGCUCGGGUUCGUCGGGGCGCUGGUGGACGCCCAUGUGGACGGGACUCACUACGACGACCCGCGCUUCUGGCCCGUGUUUGUCGCAGCGGCUGAGCUUGAUGUACCCAUCUAUCUACAUCCCACGUACCCGGGGGAAACCCAGCGCUCGGCUUACGAGGGCAACUACGUAGCCGGUGCGGCUCGGAGUCUCGGGUCCAGCGGGUUUGGCUGGCAUCAGGACACUGGGCUCGGGGUGUUGAAGCUGUUUGCAGCCGGGCUGUUUGACGAAUUGCCGACGCUCAAGAUCGUGGUCGGCCACUUUGGCGAGAUGCUCCCCUUUAUGCUAGAGCGGGUAGAGAAGCUCUCGGCGCGAUGGGGAGAACGGCAGAGACCUUGGCGCCAGGUGUGGGACGAGAACAUCUGGAUCACGACGAGCGGGGUGUGGAGUGUGGCUCCAAUGGCGUGCAUCCUGAGGAACACGCGGGUCGAUCACAUCCUCUACAGCGUGGACUAUCCGUUUGAGAAGAACGAGAACGGUCUGAGGUGGAUCCGGGAGCUGCAGGACAGUGGGUUGGUUACCCCGGAGGAGCUUGAGAUGAUCGCCUACCGGAAUGCGGGGAGGCUGCUGCGGGUUAGAGCGGGGAGUCCGGGGAAGUCCGGGGAUUGA